GACAACCCUGCACUGCCCCUGUUUUCUUGGCGGUGGUCUGCAGUGGGCCGGGGUCGGCUCAUGACCUUUCCCGAAACGGCGUGGGGCAUGAAGGGUUUUCAGCUGUGUGGAGCAGCGAAACUGGGCGGUCAGGCUUACUUGUUCCCGAAGAACACUUUAGACUCCAGACUACGUCGUAUCCGAGUGCAACACCACACACAUCAUUCAUUACCGAGCACACCUCAAAAUGGACGCCGCCUCUCCGCGCCCGCAGUUCGGGCAGUCGUCGUCGGACGCGCUCGCCGAGGGCCGCCGCGUGUACGUGGGCAACCUGCUGUACACGGUCAAGCCCGUCGACAUUGAGAGCCUGCUGGCCGACGCCGGCUUCGGCAGCUACGAGAAGAUCCACAUAUCGGUCGACCCCAUCAGCGGCCGCAACCCGGGCUACUGCUUCGUCGAGUUCCCCACGCCGGAGGAGGCCGAGCGCGCCCUGGCCUCGCUGUCGGGCGUCGAGCUGCUGGGCCGCGCCGUCAAGGUCGGCCCGUGCCGCCCCAAGGCCGGGGGUGCCGGAGCCGGCGCCGCACAGGAGCGCCCCCGCGGCCGCGACCCGCAGCCCCGCCCCACGUUCGAGCGCUGGGGCGACUGGAACGGCGAGAGGGCGGCCCCCAAGGCCGACCAGCAGCAGGGCCCCUACGGCGCGCUGCGCCACCUGAGCGACAUGAAGGCGUCGGAGCCCGACGGCCGCCGCCUGUAUGUCGGAGGCCUGGGCAAGAUGAUCGAUCAGGCGCAGAACGAGGCCGAGGUCAAGGAGCUGUUUGUCGGGUUUCAAUACGAGGCCAUCGGCAAGCGCAUCACGCCGCACCCGUCGACGAUGGAGAAGCCGGGCAACCACCACUACUGCUUCGUCGACUUUCCCUCUGCCGAAGAGGCCGCGCGCGCGCUCGCCGCCACCAACGGCAAGGAGGUGCCCGGCGGGUUCCUGCGCGUGUUCCCGGCGCGCGGCAAGGCGCCGGCCUCGGCGAGGGAUGGCAUCGACGAUCCCGAGACUGCCGCCACGAGACCGACUGCUGGCGGCCGCGGGGGCUUCCAGCGCGGUACGGGCGGUGCUGUUGCCGCCAAGAAGCCGCUCGACGAUCAGGAGGUCGCCGAGCGCAACCAGCGCCAGCGCACCAUCAUGGAGGCGAGCAGCUGGCGGCGAGGCCCAGCGGCGCAGUAAUUACUUUACAGUGCGAUUUGGUGGAAACGCUUUUCGAGGUGAUGCGGCUGUAUGUACGUACCUGCGGAUAAUUGUCAUUCAUAACUUGGCCCAGCUUUCAUUUGCACUGUUGUCGAGAAGUAAACAUUCAGCAGAUCU